GAAGCUGGAGGUGGGCGGAGCCUGUCUCCAAGGAGACGUCUAGCGAGCCCCCUUAGAUCUCCUGCUGCUCUGGCAGCUCUCGCACUGUAUCGGGGGAGCCGCGCAGGAGCUCGUGGGCAGCCGGGAGGCAGGGGCUGCUUAACCCGGAUCCGGAGCACCGAGCUGGGGGGCUUGGGCAGCCUGGAGCCGUACUAACCGACCACUGAAAACAGAAGACCUGGGUGUUGUUUAAAAAUGGCCGCCACGCCGCCACUGAAGAACGAUCACUCGUCCAAGAUGCUGCUGCUUCUGGUGUCUUGCCUGGUUGGCCGAACCUUUUCUGAAGUUGGGGACUGCAGGGAGCAAGAAUUCCUUGACAGCACUGGGAGCUGUAGACCUUGCAGGCAAUGCGGACCAGGCAAGGAGUUAUCUAAGGAAUGUGGGUUUGGAUAUGGAGAAGACGCUCAGUGUUUACCAUGUAGGCCGAACAGGUUUAAAGAAGAUUGGGGAUUUCCAAAGUGCAAACCUUGCCUGGACUGUGCUACAAUUAACCGAUACCAGAAAUCCAACUGUACGCCCACGAGCAAUGCUGUGUGCGGAGACUGUUUACCUGGAUUCUACAGAAAGACUAAGCUUGGUGGCUUCCAGGACAUGGAAUGUGUACCUUGCGGAGAUCCACCUCCUCCUUAUGAACCUCACUGUAACCGCGUGAAGAUACCAACCACAGCGUCAAGUCCCCGAGACACUGCUCUGGCUGCAGUUAUAUGUAGCGCUUUGGCCACCGUGCUAUUGGCUCUGCUAAUCCUCUCCAUUAUUUAUUGUAAACGGCAAUACAUGGAAAAGAAGCCAAGUUGGUCUAGCAGAUCCCAGGAGCUCCAGUACACCGGUUCAGAAUUACUCUGUUUUGACAGAACACAUUUUACAGAACCCACACACAGGGCGUGCUGCCGGUGUCAGCAGGAGUCAACACAGGCCUGUGGCCCUGUCCACCUGAUCCCUUCUCUGUGCUGCGAUGAAACAUACAGCAGGAGCCAUGGCUGUAAAUUCCGGUCCCAUAGCACUUUAUAUGAAAGGAAUACAGAUUCUCUGGCAGAAAUGAUUCCAACAUUUCUUGGAUCCACUUCAGACUCAGCCUGCAGAGAGCCUGCAGAAACAUGGCCGCUAAUGCAGUCAUCUUCUGGCAAGGACCCCGCCCCUGUCUGCGAGCCAUAUCCGGACGCUACGUUAGAGGAUACCAACGCUGUGGAUGCAAACCCCAGGGAACCAAUGAGCUUGUGCAUGCCCAGUGACUGUAGCACAAGCACAGAGACAUGUGACAGACUAACACAAAGUGUGCAAUCUCCUACACUUCAUGAAUCGUUACAGCUGGCUGCCUGUCGGGCUGCCGGUGGAAGCCAGCCAGGGGAAGAAGGAAGCUUCUAGUGGUGAAGACGAUAAACAGGAAAUCUGAAGAAUCUUCAUCCUGCGUCUCUAAUCAUACUGCAUUAUUAGUCAUGAUUGAGACCAUUCCACUUGCAGACUUUCCAUGGUUAUUAACCGAUUUAAAUGACGCAAUCAAUACUACGAACAAACCUACAAGGCUUUGGACGCUUUCUGCUAAAAGACUCUACAUAUAAAACCUUUAAAAUCAUUAUGGAAUUUAAUUGACCUGCACAUUUCUGGAGAUCAAAUUUGGCCUAAUUGUGAUUUGUGAUGCCAAAAUGUAUGUAUGUGUCAUUUUAUACUGAAAAAAUAUUUAUGUGAAGGGCGUCUGCACUUAAGAUGAAACGUAUUGUACAGUGGACUUAAUUUUUCUUGCUAAAUUAAAUGCUUACGUUUUCUAAAUACUA